AUGGACGUCUUAUAUGAAAUAGAUCCGUUAUGGGUAAAAAGAAACUUUACCUCUGUAUAUGAGGAUUUCAGCUUCCUCUCCAUAGCGGCUACUUGUUUGGUGCUGUCAUUCAGCUUUUUGGCUGGCAUUGUUGGGAACGUUUUGGUAAUCUGGGCAGUGUAUCGACAGAAAUCUCUCCAAACACCAACCAACGCGCUUCUUGUAAAUCUUGCAGUCAGCGACCUCCUGAGGUGUUUUAUUGACUGCCCGUUACUCAUAAUCAUAGAUGUGUUGGGUUAUAAUGGAUUUGAUCUGGGGAUCGUAUUAUGCCACGCACAGGUCUUCACUUUUUCCCUCAGCAGCUGUGUCCAACUUUUUACUAUGGCAAGCAUCAGCGCGGAGAGGUACCAAGCUAUAGCGCACCCGUUUAAAACAAGCAAAAGAAAAAGAAGAGUGAAAAUUUCGAUACCCCUUACAUGGGCUCUAGCUACACUGGUUUCAAUUAUCAGUGUAACGUUUGUUAAGAGCACACCUAUUUAUGUAAAAUGUAGAGGGUUUUCAAUAGAUCUAUCUUACUAUGACGCUUUUGGACUUUACAUCUUGGUGCCAGUUUGGUUUGUAUCGUUGAGUCUGAUUACAAGAUUCUAUCUCCGUAUUUUUUUCCUCGUGAGAACCCAUGCCAAAAAGAUUUUUGACAAAGGAACUCCCCCUUCUCUAGCCGAUAAGACCAAGGAACCAGUUUUAAAAACGUUUCAGAUAAAGGACAACACAGACUGCAAGGAUGUUAACAUACCUAUAGAACUUAACCAGACACACGAGGAAAAGCAACCGGAGAACUCAGCAUCGUUACAUACUGAAGGUCCAGCAGCAGAAUUUAAGGGAACGUUGACAAAUGUGCAAGAUCCAACGCCAACUUGUCAAGCAUUGCCUGUUUCUGUGGAUUGUUCAGUAAUAGAUAUGGAAGAUCCGGAAACACCUUGUUGUGACAGUGACACCACAACAUCAGAAGCGGGAGACCCUACGCCCAACUGCCCUCCAGAAUGUCCCGUUGACAAAACUUCAGAACCAGAGGGAUCCACUGUGGAAAAAACAACAGACUGUGCUUCAGCAUUACCCGCAGAAGCUCGAACAGUAGAAUGCCUCGCAUCUUUACCGCUGGGGGAAGUUUCAGCCACAGAUUGCCUUCCAGCAUUACCUGUUGUAGAAAACACAGUUGAAGAAAUUGCCGGAGCUGUGUGUAUGAUGCCGUCUUCCAACAGAGAAAGAGCAAAAAAGAAAACCGAAGGCAAAUUGGCAAAGCGCUCCGGAUACAUAAUCCUCACCUUUCUUGCAUUCUGGAUACCACUCAUAUUGUCUGUUCUUAUUAAUUUUUUCAUUUACAACAACAAAUCUACGAACCUGUUUAUACAUUUCUUUCAGAUUGUAGAAGUGGAAAUCUUUGCUAUGGCAGUGACCUGUAUGACUGCAGCCACAGACCCUAUAACCUACGCGGUUGUAAAUCCACAAUUCCGAUCAGAAUUUAAACAGCUACAUGCAAAAUUCAUCUUAAGUUUGUGUUCAAGGUCUUAAGCCUUAAUAUACCUUUUCAUCUCAUUAUAUAAAUAUCGCGGCUUGUAAAAAUAACCUGAUUGGUUAAACGGCAUCACAUGACCGUGCAUAUAUAUAGCGUAUACAUGGCUUGCAUACUACUGAGCUUCUUCACACUGAAUAAAACACUAUGCACCACUACAUUCUAAAUUCCAUGUCAAAUGCCGUUUAUGUUUAGUUCCAAAACCACUGCCAAAAAUGAUUGACAUUCUACCUGUCAUUUUAAUAUAAUGAAACUCCACAUAACUUGUACAACACCAACUUUCGGAGUGAAGACAGCAGUCCACCUGAUUUGUUUUUUUUCUGUUAAGAGUAGACAUCACAGUAGAUGAGGUACAGCUAAAUGAAAAAGAAAACAAAGAUUUAAAAAACAAACAAAAAAAACCCACUACAAAAUAAAACAGCACAGGCUGUUAAUGUAUGGCUUGAAGAAAAAGAAAGUCAAAAAAAUCUCAACAUUAAGGGAAUUUUAUGCCUGCGCAAAAAGUUCAACUGGGGACCAGUAUUCAGUCUCCAGUUUUAUAAUGCGGAAUGGGACUAAACAGAUAUUUUAACAGUCAAACUCUUAAUAUCUGGUUCAAUCUUCAACUUAAUAUGGCACAACUUGGACGUGAGUGUGUCCGACAACUAACAAAAACAUCUUUUAAAGAUCCAAAAGGAUGAAAACGGACUUGAAUAUGUGUGCCUCGCAUAUAACGAGGGCACGAACUCACCUCAAGAUCCAGCUUCAGCUUUCAUCACAGCUGCUCCCUGUCAUUUGAAACUCAUCCUAUCAGACAUGUGCAAUUAAUUUGUUUUAAAAGUUAAUCAAUUAAAUUAAAUUAAGGACUACAUUACACUGCAGAU